GAUCUGGGUUCCCAGUCAACGGCACAACGAAGGGAAGGGGAGUCACGAUUACAAGAAAUUCUUCUUCAGACCCGGAGCCUGCAAGACGCACACGGGAGGGUAGACCUUACACGCUGCAGUCUGCGUGGGUAGGAAUUGAUGGCAUUAUAUAGAGAGAGUGAGCCUUGUCUGACAUUGCAAUCCGUACUUAGCCAGCGUAGAUGUGACGGUACACACCCUCGUACCUCUCAAAUAAGACGGUGUAUUCUGGAUAGGUGCUAAGCUGGAUAGAUGCGAUAGUAUAAAUAUAUAACUCUACAUAUAUAUAUAUAUAAUACACUACGUAGAUUUUUAUUAUUUGCUAGAACACUAAAGUCUGACAGUAUAUAUAGUACACUUUUUUUACUGGGAAUUUACGUAUAAUUACAACACUACACAUAGUCUGGAUAAGAGUACACUAUAUAGCCUUUAGUUAGCCCGGACUUUAACGGCUAUAACACAAGACAGUAUCUAAUCUGGAUAGGCAGUACGAUAAACAUCGUAAACAUCAAUACUGCAGCAGUGAUAUUUAGAUAUAUACCACGCUAUAUAGUGUGUGGUUAGGCAGAAGGCCACCGUAUUAUUCAACACGUGUAUAGCCUGGUAGAGCAAGAGCCCACAGGGCAACACACACCACACUCACACACCGCACACACACACACACCACUUAGCUCUCACACACACCACUAACACAAACACACACCACUCAUCCUACUCAGACACACCAUUCACACAAACACACCCCACUCACACCCCACACCCCACACGGACCUCACAUCCCACACGCACACGACACACACCACACACACCCCACACCACACUCACACACCACACACACCACUCACCCCACUCACACCACUCACCCCACACUCACCCCACAUCCCACACGCACACGACACACACUACACACACCCCACACCACACUCACACACAACGAACCCCACACCCAACACGCACCACACACCCCACACUCACCCCACACGCACCCACACCCCACUCACACCCCACACCCCACACACACCCCACACCUCACACCCCACACACACCCCACACCCCACUCACACACCCCACACGCACCCCACCCCACACGCACCCCACACCCCACACGCAGCCCACUCACACCCCACACCCCACUCACACCCCACACCCCACUCACACCCCACACCCCACUCACACCCCACACACACCCCACACCCCACACACACCCCACACGCCCCCGGCUAUGUCCACGGGUUCCACAAGCGACACGGACGAGCUGCUGCGCGAUCUGGAAGGCUACGGGUCGCGAGACGCGCGCAAGAAGAGCGACCCACGCCGCCCGGCCAGAGGAAUGGCGACCAUCGCUGUGGACGAAUUGGACUUCACCUCCGAAGAGGGAAGCGGUUGCAGCCCCGGCAGCAGCAACAGCAGCAGCAGCAGAGGCAGCAGUAGCAGCAGUAAGGAGAUGAGGCCGACACGCCGACGCCGAGUCACGCAGGGUCGACGCAGAGGUCGAGGAGCAGGAGGCGGCGGUGGUUCUGCUGCUGGUGGUGGUGGCGGCGCUGGCGACGACGGAGCAGAGGGCCUCUCCGAGGGCAAACACGGACAACGCAAUGCGGCCAACGCGAGGGAACGGGCCCGCAUGCGGGUGCUCAGCAAGGCGUUCUCCAGACUCAAGACCACGCUUCCCUGGGUGCCCGCGGACACGAAGCUCUCCAAGCUGGACACGCUGCGCCUCGCCUCCAGCUACAUCGGGCACCUGCGGCAGAUCCUGGCCGACGAGACCUACCAGAACGGAUUCGUGCACCCGGUCAACCUGACGUGGCCCUUCCUGGCCGCUGCCAAGGGCGACUCCGAGCUGAAGGACGCCGGAUCCGCUUCCCGCAUGUGCGCCUCGCCCGUCUCCUCGCUCGCAUGAGUGGCUUCGCUCCCCUCCCAGGGGGCCGCCACGAGACGUUCAGAGAGCGACUCCAGCAUCAACAUCAUCACCGUCGUCGUCGUCAGCAGCAGCAGCGGGAGCAAUAGGAGCGGCAAGAGAAGCAGCAGCAACAGCAGCAGCUACAGGAUCAGCAGCAGCAGCUACAGGAUCAGCAGCAGCAGCCACAGGAUCAGCAGCAGCAGCAACAGCAGCAGAGGAAUAAACAUUGGCGCCUUCCGCAGGCUUCACCAGUUUGUCCACGUGUCUCAGAUGUUUUACUUUUGGGGACGUCGGGGACCCAUCGUUACUCAUCGAGGUAGAUUUCAUCUUGACAUGAUGAUGACGAUGAUGGCGAUGCUGAUCAAGACUUUAUCUUAAUAUGAUGGUGACUAUAAUCAAGAUCAUUCGAUAUUUUGACAAUGAUGGUCAUGAUGAUGAUUAUUAUUAUGAUCAAGAUCUUCAUCUUGACGAAGGUGGGCGCGAUGACGGUAACGAUGAUCAAGAUUUUAACCGUGAGAUGACGAUGAUUAUUGCGAUGGUGAUUAUCAAGGCAUCGCCGCCUAUCCCCACCGCACCACCACCACCACCACGAUCAUCGUUGUCAAAAUCAAAGACAACGAUACGAACAGAGCAUAGCUUUGAAAAACGAUGCUUUGCGGGACGAAGCACUUAACGCAUACGGUUUUUUUUUAAAUACAGCGUUGUAUCUCUGCUGGCUUCCGGCAGAGAAGAGUUUAGCGGUACGCUAUGUUUCUAAAAUGUAUGCAAGAGUCAGUUUAUAUGCAGCAAACACUUGUGUAUUAUUGCUAGUUUUUUAUACGUAUCAAUUACCAUAUCAGUAUGAUGUACAUAAUCAUUAUUCAAUUUAUAAGGCACCUUUCAUCGAGUAUCUCAAAGCUUUGUACAAGACACGACAGCAAACACUCAGCAUGAAAAAUAGCUGACGAAACUAAAAAAUAUAUAUCAUGCUAAAAUAAUGCUGAACGCUAUUAUCUCAACCAACUAAUAGUUGAAUACACGGAAGUGUCUAACUAAGUUUUCGGUCGUGUUUUACUCGGAGAUCUUGGAGAUGUCGCGGAUUAGAGAGGGUCCCCAGAGUACGGGGGCCAACCCCCAACGAGCCGAGAAGCCUCUACGAGCUAGGGACGCGGAGAGGAUCCGCAUCCCCACAUCGUAGAGACCCUUGACGGCACGUGGGUACAGCGUGUCCCUGAUGUACAGGGUGAUACAGAUUUCUUGUGACCCCCCCCCCCCCCCAAUUAAUUAAAGCCUCACACUUUUUUUUCCUUUAGCAUAUUAAUUUCUGUUUUAAAUCUUAUCUAGGAUUUUAUAUAGCGCUUUUUUUAAAGCGCUUUACAAUAGUUAUAAAUUGUACAUUAGUGGUGGCUAAUGGGGAUGGGGUUUGAGUGUUGGGGAGUGGAAGGUAUGGCUCGAAGGAUGAUGAUAGGGAAAGGGAGGUUAGGAAGGGGAAGGGAGAGGAUGGUUAAAGUUUUAAGCACGAGGACAGGAAGUAGUAGAGGAAUACGCUGAAAUAAAUAUUCCUUAGAAUAUGUAUUUAGUUUCAGUGAAUUAAAUUGGGGCCACAAGACAUCUGGACCACGCUGUAGGCUGGGGCGAGGUGGUUCAGAGCUUUCAAAGUUUGCCUGGUCCGUUCGGAUUCAUACAACCUUCAUAUAACUUGGCGUGUCGCCAUAAUUCAUUCAACAAAGGCUGUUAAACCCAAUGUUUGCAUUGCCUUUACUGAUGAAAAUGUGGAUUUUUGUUCUUCAUAAAGACAAUAUAUAUUGCAUAUGAGCCAGUGUCUGUAGAUUUGUUUUUUAACGUUCGAGACCCAUGCUUUGGUGAAGGCAACAUAUUGAAAAUGGCAAUCUCUGUGUUAAGCUUGGUAUAUACAGGGUGGCCUAAAAGUUAGGACACACGGGGUUAUAUUUAGUUUAACAAAUAACAGGGUCAUUUUUAAAAAUCAAUGUUCAAACUCACUUGCAAUAACAUUAAUGCAUACAAGAAUGAUAUUUUCAGAUGAAUGUAGGACAGGUGUAAUCUGUGAACAUUCUUCAAUUUGUCUCAAUUCGUUCAUGGUUCUUGGUGGAGUUUUGUAAACAAUGAAUUUAAGGUGACCCCACAGGAAGAAGAAGAAUCGAUAUUAAUAAUGAUAAUAUAUACCAUUUUAACUUUUAAUAAUAAACAAUUGAAAUGUCUUAAUGUCAGUGUUAAAAUAAAUUAAAUAACCCUACGUAUCCUGACUUUGUGGGCCACCAAUCCAUUUAUAGUCAGCUCCACUAAACUACCAGCAAGACACUAUCGAGAAAACAACAUUUUAUUUGAAAAACUCUACACGACUCCUACAAAUCUAAAUAAACGUUUGAAAUAUAUAUAUUAACAAUGUCCUCUGUGAGAAAGGGAGCCGUCACCUACACAAGAUUCAAUCAGCUUUUGACAAGAACGAUAUGCGGAAUUAGUGGAGUGCCUAUAAAUGGAUUGCCCUGUAUAUACCGAAUUAUUAAUGACAUGUAUCACAGCAUCUAUACAACGCGUCGUGCCACUGUGAGAUAAGACGGGGUACGCAUCUGAGCGCUCAUGCUGUACAAGUCCUUCAAGCUUGUACAUAUACUCGUGUACAGAAGCAAGGGCGUAACUCGAAUAAUAAUAAUUUGCCUUCGGUGAUCGAUUAAUCUACGAAAGUGUUCUUUGCGAGUUGCUCACACCUUAUCACAUGUGUUUGUGUACGUCUGAUGUUAUGCUUUUUUUUCUUCAAAUAUGAAUUGACACUUUCAUCAUCCCUUCUUUGUGUGUAGAUUUCACAAAAGACGAUACGAAAUAAAG